AUGGCUGAGAUCACCCACGAGGUUGUGAUCGUGCCAGGAGAUGAGGCUUCUGAACAAGAUGUGUCGGAUCUCGAGAGCAUCGCGUCCUCGAGCACAAGCAUCACCGCAUCUAUCCUCGACUACCGCAUCGAGAAUGGCAGAACCUGUCAUCGAUACAAGGACGGCAAAUACAUCUUUCCCAACGACGCAAGAGAGAGUGACAGAUUAGAUCAACAACAUGAGAUCUUCAUCUACACUCUCGAUGGCAAACUCGGCCUCGCCCCUCCCUGCAAGCCGGACUCUGAAGUGGGCCGCGUUCUCGAUGUCGGGACUGGGACCGGGGUCUGGGCCGUUGAUUUCGGAGACUUGCAUCCUGAAUCUGAGAUUCUGGGCAUCGAUCUCUCUGCUCCUCAGCAGGAAUUUGUGCCUCCCAAUGUGAGGUUCGAAAUAGACGAUAUCGAAGAAGAGUGGACGUACUCGGAACCAUUCAACUACAUCCACAGCCGCUUUAUGAACGCCAGCCUUGCAAAUUGGAAAGAAUACCUCAAAAAAUGCUACGAGUCUGUCAUUUUUCAACAAUAUCCGCUCACUUCACGAAUCGGACGACUGACUGGCCUUGGCCUUAGCAACAUUGCACCGGGCGGGUACCUUGAACUUCUCGAAAAUCAAGUCGACCCCGUAUCUGACGACAAUACCCUUCCCAAAGACUCUUCGAUACACGAGUACGUCAACCUCAUCCGUUCUGGGUCCGAAAAGAUGGGCCGUGUGUUCGUCGACGUAUCUACCCUUAAAAGUCUUGUUGUUGAGGCUGGAUUUGUCGACGUCGAGCUACGGAUUUUCAAGUGGCCUAUGAACGGCUGGCCCAAAGAUGAAAAAUAUAAGAAACUCGGCCUCUGGUGCUACGAGAACUUGUCCAGCGCUCUCGAAGCCGUGUGUAUGGCGCUUCUCACCCGUGUCCACUGCUGGACCCGCGACGAAGUCAACGUGUUUCUCGUCGAUGUCCGCAAAGAUUUGAAGAAUAGAAGCUAUCACGCCUACUUUCCCAUCUACUCAGUUAUUGGCCGUAAGGCCGAGAAGGAAGAGGCCGCAACUUCUGCUUAG